CCUUUUUUUCUUUCUAGAAAUUUGUCUAUGUUGGAGCUCAAAUCGAUCAAUUUGUUAAUAAGGAGCUGGAUGUGAUGACUUAUCUUUGAGGAUAAUUCAUUCAUCAUUCAGAAACUAGCCCUUGUAUGAGAGUGGGAGCCAGGAUCAAUCAAAACUUUUAUUAUCAUCUAUAGGCUAGGCCUGGGCCUGGUCAGAAUUUCCUCUAGAAGUUCAAAUCAGCUCUUCAAUUUGUGACAGGAGUAAGGAAAAAAUGGGAGGCUUGCUCAGCUAUUUCAAGAGUCUGUUUGGUAGCAGAGAAAUGAGAAUUCUCAUCCUUGGACUUGAUGGAGCUGGGAAGACUACAAUAUUAUACAGGCAAGUUUCACCUGAGAUUUUAGUUGGAGAGGUUGUCACUACCAUUCCUACUAUCGGAUUCAAUGUUGAACAAGUGACCUACAAAAAUUUGAAGUUCCAAGUCUGGGAUCUAGGUGGACAGACCAGCAUCAGACCCUAUUGGAGGUGCUACUACUCAAAUACUGAUGCAGUGAUAUACGUGGUCGACUCAGCAGAUCGAGACCGCAUUGGUAUCUCAAAACAGGAACUUGUGUCCAUGUUAGAGGAGGAAGAGUUGAGAGGAGCUGUGUUGGUUGUGUUGGCCAACAAGCAAGACCUCUCAGGUGCAAUGAGCGUUGCAGAGGUCCAUCAGGCGCUCGGAUUGGAUGCCUUGCGUGCCAGAACAUUCCAGAUUUUCAAAACAAGUGCUACAAAGGGGGAAGGGCUUGACACUGCCAUGGAAUGGUUAGCCAAUGCCCUAACCAACAAAAAGUGAUUGAUUUUAUAUGCACUGUGCCCCUUGUCUUUGUUCAGGGAAAAUCUCCCCCACUACCCUGUCAUCCUAUGUAUUUUUCAAGGUAUGAAUCAAAUUUUAUUAUAUCACGGAGUGGGGCUAUGACUAUGAUCGAUUACACACAUACAUUAAUGAGUGCUAUCCACCACUGGAUUUGGGUUCUUUAUUUCAACAGAGAAUGGCCUUUUCCCAGUGACAGGAAUGGAACAUCAUGAUAUUGAAUCCUAAUAAAUUGAUUCUUUUUGCUGAUAA